AUGAAGAAGGUGAUAAGAUCCAGGCCACAAUAUAUGAUUGUUCAAAAUAAUUUGCAAUGGACUAUAAAUGGUCGAACCAUUGUGGAAGAAGUGACUGGAGAUUCAGAGAUAAUUGUGCCUGCUGUUUACAACUUUGUUCCGUUCUCACGACUACACACUUAUAUUGAUUCUCUAUCCCACGUCGGUAUCUCGCUUUCAACCAAAUCCUCCAGUUCAUUUGUUAUUGAACCGGGGAUACCACAAGCAGCUGCUUUAUCAAUUUGGUAUAAUGCUAAUGCUGAAAAAGCCAUGGACAUAAUAUGUGGAAGGAUUGGUCUUGAGACAAAGUCACUGUCUACACUUCCUUCUGCUGAGGACAUCAUUACCAUUAAGAUGAUAGAUAAUCAACUUAAUACGAGGAGAAGCUUUUGGAUCAAUGGUCACAUCAAAGUGACAAAUUUGAUUCAACCUUUUUGGUACUUAAGCUGUGAAAAAUGCACAAAAGCAACUGGAUAUGAAUUUGAACAGAGGUUUAACUGCUUGUAUUGCAGACAUGAUCAAGUUAAAGCUAUGCCAAGGUGCCGAGUCAUUGUUGAUUUGAUAGAUGAGUCUUCAUCAUUGAAUGCUACAUUGUUCGGAAAUCAAGCUGAAAAAUUUCUUGGUUGCACUGCAUAUGAGUUGAUGAAUAAAUCUGAUGGGGAUUCUGUUAAAGAUAUUGAAAAAAUUGCCACAUUAUCCAGUAGUCAUAAGCUUCUAAUUCAAGUUAAAGCAUCUAAACAUGAAUAUCGUGAUAUUACAAGAUGGAAAUACACAAUCCUUUCUGUUUGUGAUACUAUUUCAAAAGAAAUCAACACAUUAACACAAACAGAUACUUCAAAUGAUGCUGAAGUUAGUCAAGUUUUAAAAAUUGUUGAAGAGCAAAGUGGAAAAUCAUUAGGCAUAACUGAAUUGAGAGAUAUAUCUGGAAGUGUUGACAAUGCUAAGAUAGAGCAAAUGAGCAAUGAAGAUAAAGUCCUAGCUGAUUUGGUUUCAAAGCCUACUGCAAGAAACAAUGCAACAAAGAAACUAAAGCUGAUGAUUUCCAAAAGUGCAGGUGAGGCAGAUCCAAUAGCGCUGAAUCUUGAAAGUUCUCAUUUACAAUUUGGUGAAGGGAGUAGGAAGCAGUUUGCCGAGCUUAAAGACAAUGCUUAAUUCGUUAUCAUGGGAACCAUCUUUUUGUUAAUGUGGACAUGAUAGAUUACUAUCAGUUCAUAAGUAGAUUAUUAUCAGUCUUUUGUGAAUUUAUAGCAUAUUUAGACUAUACUGUGAUAGUUACACUAAUAUUAUUAUUUUGUACAUUGCAAGAUGUAAUAGAAAUUGAUUUAGGUAUAACCUAAUACAUUUCUAUUAAAUCUUGCAAUUUAUCUUAGGAAGAUAGCAAUGAUGCUAAGAUAGAUUCAUCUAUGACACAAGUAUUUUAUGACAACUUUUUGUUUAACGAAAGUAAAAUAGUAAUUAUGAGUUUUUAUGAUUGUACUUAUAUUUCCUAUGAUCAUUUUUUAUUUUUUGUGUUUCUUUUAGUUAAUAUAUAAAUCCAUGAAUAAAUUAAAUUUCAUGAUAAUGGACUAGAAUCAAAAUAAAUUGUUUAUGUUUUCAUUAGUUUUAAAAUUAAUUUAUUCUCACUAAAUAUCUAAAACAUCUCAAUAUUGAUUGGUGUAUAAAAAACAAAUAAAAUUGAAAGGAUGAAGCUAGAAUCUAUUUACGAACAAUAAUGGUUUUUGCUUUUUCAA